AUGCUUCGGGCGUUUCAUGCAGCCCUGCGGAACUCUCCCGUCAACACCAAGAAUCAAGCUGUGAAGGAACGAGCCCAGGGUGUGGUGCUGAAAGUACUUACAAAUUUUAAGAGCAGCGAGAUUGAGCAGGCUGUGCAAUCACUGGACAAAAAUGGCAUUGACUUGCUAAUGAAGUACAUUUAUAAAGGGUUUGAGAAGCCCACAGAAAAUAGCAGCGCAGUGUUACUCCAGUGGCAUGAAAAGGCAUUAGCAGUAGGAGGACUAGGCUCCAUUAUAAGAGUUCUUACAGCAAGAAAGACUGUUUAA